CAUACACACAUAGUAUCUUGUUCAUAUCCAGAUAAUUAUUGAAACCAAAUAUCCUCAUUUGCUCUUGAAUUUGUACAAAAUUUCACCGAAAUAAUCAGUUGGCGGGUUGCAUUAAUUGCUUUUGUGGUUUAAAUCAACUAUGGAUCGUAUUGUGAAUGUUAGAAGUGUAACAACCAUUUUAAUGGCAGUUUUCAUUGUUGUUGUGCAUAAUGUCCAUUGCAUCGAAUCAACUGCUUUUCAUAGCGGUUCGAUUACAAAUUCAAUACGAAAUUCGAGCGAAAAUGUGCCCAACGAAAUGGGUACAGCAAAAUUAUUGUCGCGUCGCAAACGAUAUGUUGCAUUUCCAGAAGGUUCAUCGUUUUCGGUUGCAUUUUGUGCUACCAUCGGUAUGAUUGGAAACCCAGAACUUGACUACAUGUCGUGGGCGCUCAAUUGGGGGCUAGCGUACGAUCUACCGAACGAAACAUGGGUGAUACAACAUCGACAUGAAAAAUACCCGAAGCCAUUGGUGCAACGGCGUCAUCGUCGUGAUUUAUACAAUCGCCUGGAAGUUGCCAUCGACAACAUGGGAUAUAAUGGACGUGAAUGCAUUUUACGUGCCCUGUGUGAAAGUGCACAGUAUUUUUUCGGCAAGGGAACGAAUAUGGUCGAAGAAUUGAUUCGCAUUGUGUUCACAUUGCCUGAUACAAAAGUGCUGUCAUUCGAACACAAUGACCUACAUGAUUACGACCGCGCUCAUCGCAUGGGAAAAAACAAUGUUUAUUGUUCAUCAGCGUUUCGUGACUGUAGCAUUUCCUUGAUUGAAUUGGCUUUAGGUCGAUAUGCCAAACCAUAUAAUUUCAUGUAACAGAUGUG